AUGGGCAUCUGCAACCGCAAACGCGAUUUAGCCUAUCUCCUCUUCUUCGUCACCCACAUUCCGAUCAUCUUCCUAAUCGAUACUGUCCCCCUCCAACCAGCCUUCCUCCAAACAAACCUCUCCCACCAGCUCCGCGAAUUCUACAUAACCACCUACCGUGACAAAUUCUUCGAAGACCCCGCGCCAACAUGGUUCACCGUCUUCAUCUGGAUGGAACUCCUGUACCAUGUCCCAGCCUCCGUUUGGGCAGUGCGCGGCCUACUUAAAGACCACCCCCUCGUACCUGUACACCUCCUCGUCUUCGGUGUCCAAGCCUUCAUCACCUCUCUGACAUGUCUGGUCGACGUGUGGAGCUGGACUGAUCGCUCGGUUGCCCAGAAACAGCAACUUACCAUGCUGUAUAGUCCAUAUGUGGCGCUAGGUGGCCUAAUGGCUCUAGAUAUGAUGUUCCGUCUACGCGACAAACUAAUGCCGAAAAGCAAGCGCGAAUAA